AUGGCUUGCAAAGACUCUCCUGCUUCCAUCUUCAGUCCUUUGUCCAACUGUGUGAUUGAAGAAGCAAGUACCAGGGACAGUAUCAGCAAUCACGAUGGCUUCCUCACUGUCAAUGCACCCCAUACAGCGCAACCUUCUACUGAACUAACUUUGGAUCGAUAUCUCGAAACACCCACACUAGUCAUACCCGACCGCACUUUCCGCUGCCAUUUUCUCGCCUCCGAAUUGACGACUGAGCGGCGGGCUUAUAUCAAGGCUGUUGCUCUAAGCACCCUAUGGACGGCGCUGGUUAUAAUCAGUGUCCUAAGCAUAUAUUGGGGUACCUUAUGGAAACUGGAUGAGCAUGCUUACAGGCUGAAAGGAGUAGUGGUGGACUUCGACCAAGGAGACAUUGGACAGGCUGUUCUACGUGCUUCCCAAGAGCGGACGGGCUCGCCUCGACAAAUCACAUGGACAGUUGAAAAUCCUUCCGCUUUUAAAGAUGUUUCAAGUGUGGCUCAGUUGGUCUUGGAUGAGCGGUAUUGGGUUGCAAUUGUUGUCCAACCUGGCUCUACGGAUAACUUGAGGAAAGCAGCCUCCUCAGCAGACGCAGCUUACAACGGCACAUCAGCGGUUACUGUGUAUAUUUCGCAAGCUCGUCAAGAACAGGCAUACUCACAUUUCAUUUCACCGCAACUCAAAGACGUUUUGCAAGCAGCCCAACUUUCAUUUAGAAAUCGAAACGCACAAUCACUCUCUCACUUUUCUAAUUUCAAUCUGACCAACCUGAUGCAAAACGCACCUCAGACGAUACUCAACCCAUUUGAUUUCCAAGUGGACAAUCUGAGGCCUUUUGAUGUGCCAGUCACCACUGCCUUGACGGCUAUAGGUUUAAUCUAUGUGGCAUUUGCAGCCUUGGUCACAUGCACUCACAGUCUUCAGGCACGGACCCGACUUGGCUUGAAUAACAAGCUGACAUUGAAAUCCCUGCUAAAAGUGAGGAUAUGCUCACCGUUGAUUUGUUACUUCUGGCUGUCUUUCGCCUAUGCUCUCUUGAGUGUAUUCUUCCAUGUACCAUUCGGACGAUUUCGUAGUGCGGGUGGCUUCCCUCUAUGUUGGCUUAUGUUCUUUCUCGGAAUGAGCGCCCUGGGACUCACGAUAGAGGUGGUCACGAUUAUCCUUACUCCUCAAUACGUAUCUUACUUCAUGAUAUUCUGGAUAAUAUGGAACAUUUCAGUUUGCUAUCUUCCCAUCGAUGUCUUACCAAGUAUUUAUGCAUAUGCACACAUGGCACCUUUCUAUAACAUAAGUAGAGCAGCAAGAAGCAUUAUUCUCGACGGCAAGAACGAACUUCCGGUUAAUUUUGCAGUUCUAAUGGCUUGGACCUUGAUUUCAAUCAUCAACAUCAUUCUAUGUGAACUCUGGAACAGAAGGAAGCUACCCGUCUUUCGGAAUCGAAAAAACUCUUACGCUUAA